GUUGUCUCCAUCAGCUAGCUUGUGGUUGUGUCGGGUCGAUGCAGAGCUGUCAUAUUAGCUUAGCAAGCUAACGUAUUAGCCUCUGUUUGUCAUGUAAAGAACAGUCGGUACCGACACAACACAGGGCUGUUAACGAAUUCAUGUAUUCACAUAUCCGCCUUUGGAGUAGGGCAAGAGGAUAGAAACGUCAGAGGCGAGCACAAGAGGGAGAUGAAAUGACAACGUCAACAUUACAGAAAGCGAUUGAUCUUGUGACCAAAGCCACAGAGGAAGACAAGGCGAAGAAUUAUGAGGAGGCCUUGCGACUGUACCAGCAUGCUGUGGAAUAUUUCCUACAUGCCAUCAAAUAUGAGGCCCACAGUGACAAGGCAAAGGAGAGCUUACGAGCAAAGUGUAUGCAGUACCUGGACCGAGCGGAGAAACUCAAAGACUAUCUGAGGAAUAAAGACAAGCAGGGCAAGAAGCCCGUCAAGGAGGCUCAGAGCAAUGACAAGAGUGAUAGUGACAGCGAGGGGGAGAAUCCAGAGAAGAAGAAGCUGCAAGAGCAACUGAUGGGGGCCAUCGUCAUGGAGAAGCCCAACGUCAGGUGGAGCGACGUGGCCGGACUGGAGGGAGCCAAGGAGGCUCUGAAGGAAGCCGUCAUCCUGCCCAUCAAGUUCCCUCACCUCUUCACAGGCAAGCGGACCCCGUGGAGAGGCAUCCUGUUGUUUGGCCCCCCAGGCACGGGGAAGUCGUACCUGGCUAAGGCUGUGGCCACAGAGGCCAACAACUCCACCUUCUUCUCCGUCUCCUCCUCAGACCUCAUGUCCAAGUGGCUGGGAGAGAGUGAGAAGUUGGUGAAGAACUUGUUUGACCUAGCUCGGCAGCACAAGCCCUCCAUCAUCUUCAUCGACGAGGUGGACUCGCUGUGCGGCUCCAGGAACGAGAACGAGAGCGAGGCCGCCCGCCGCAUCAAGACGGAGUUCCUGGUCCAGAUGCAGGGUGUGGGAAACAACAACGAUGGGGUCCUGGUGCUCGGGGCCACCAACAUCCCCUGGGUGCUGGACGCCGCCAUCCGCAGAAGGUUUGAAAAGCGGAUCUACAUCCCCCUGCCGGAGAAGCCGGCUCGGGCUCAGAUGUUCCGCCUCCACCUGGGGAACACGCCUCACAGCCUGAGCGAGCCUGACCUGCGGCAGCUCGCCCACAAAACCCAGGGGUACUCCGGCGCUGACAUCAGCAUCAUCGUGAGGGACGCUCUCAUGCAGCCCGUCAGGAAGGUCCAGUCUGCCACCCACUUCAAAAAGGUUCGAGGGCCGUCCAGAAGCAACAACCAGCUGACGGUGGACGACCUCUUGACCCCUUGUUCCCCUGGCGACCCUGCAGCCAUAGAGAUGACCUGGAUGGAGGUGCCUAGUCAUAAGCUGCUGGAGCCUAUAGUCUGCAUGUCGGACAUGCUGCGCUCCCUGGCCACCACCCGGCCCACGGUCAACACUGAAGACCUGCUGAAGGUCCAGAAGUUCACAGAGGACUUUGGGAUGGAGGGCUGAGAGACAAGGCUCCAACCCCCCCCAGAAGUCAAACUGCUCCCAUCAACUCUCAUCCCCCCCCCAUCAGCUGUUCCGUCCCACAAGCUUCAUCCUCUAACUCAGCGCUCGGUUCACCUCCUCAUGGAUUUCAAAAUAAAAGACUGGAACAAAGACAUGGCAAGAAAUGUGAUCCUCCUGUUGAUCCUCCAGAAGGUCUGAAUCCCUGGAGGAAGUUGACAGAUUGCUACAUUAUUUACCAUGCUGUGAUUUGGUAGUUGGACUAUAGAGCUCUUUCCCCCCCAUUUCAGACUGUUCCAUUACAAAGCAGCCGCACCAAUGUAUCCACUACAACUUUGUGCUUAGACGUGAGGAAGGCUGCUUCAGAUCUGAAUGAUAGUUUGUCCCUCUCUGAAGGACUGUACAUUUUUCUGCCUGUGUGCACUUUGCUUUGGGUUUUAAUGAAGGACUGACAUUUGAAGAAGAGUUCUCCUGCCAGGCAUGCGAGUGUGUGACUGCAUCUAAUUGUUUUUAUGAAACUUGUUUGUCUUAAUGUAUUUUGAUGAAGUGAAUCAAAAAGCUGCCUCAGUGUCCCUCUGCAGCUGUCUGCAGGCGUUCAUAUUUCAUAUCUACAGCAGUAGAGAUGUGCUUGAGUAAGAGCCAAACACUACAUUUCCUCAAUCCAAAAACUUGAAAAAUAUGUUUUUAUUAAGUCUCCAGUAGCUCUUCAGAAAAUAAUCUCACAACGAAGUUGAUUUGGUCGUAUCACAUGUUCUUCUCAGCAGAUAGUGCUAAACAGCCUUUAGCAGGGCUUAAUGGGCUGCUGAUGGAGAUCAUGUGAUGUGAUGGAAAGCUCUCUAAAUCCAUUUUCUAAGGUUAAGACUGAAGUUUGAACCUCGGCUUCACUUUUCUUUUAAAGCAGCUCAAACUACUUCCCUCUUGGACUUCCAUCUAUUUAAGUUUCAGAUUGUUCAGUACGCUGAACACUUCCUGUUAAAGAGAAUCAACCAAGCACAUCUGUUAACAUUUUGAUUUAGUUUUCUCUACCAUAAAUGAUUCAACAGACCACUGUUUAUACAACUUGACUGAUGAAUAGGGAUACCGUAUGUUUACAUUUUAAGUAUUUAUUUAUGUCUUGUGAAGGAUUUCUGUUAUUUUGGGAGGUGAAUAUGCUUCAACUCAAGACAUCACCAUAUUGUUUCAGUACCGUCUGUUCAGGGCUUUCCUUCACAAGCUUAGCUAGUAUUUGUCCUGUUGUCAGCUUUCAGACAAAGAAAGCUAGCUGUACAGCAGGACCAGUCAGUCUGUACUCUCUGACCUCUGCUGAUCACAGGCCUGUCUGCGGACUGACGGGACUUCCUGUUUGCUUCAGUGUGAGGUCAGGACGUCCCUGUGAGGGAACUAACCUGCCGCUGACCAUUACUACUGAUUAACCUGCAUUCAAUAAACUGACACUUCAAAGGAAAA